AAUAACAUAAGAUAUUGAACUGGGGACGCUAAUGGUAUAGUUUCCAGACUCCCCAAACCUCCACGCCUCCUUCACAGCAUUUGCUUUUCGUCUCUUAUCUCCGCUCGUUUUCACAAAACCCUAGUUCUCUUGCGGAAUCUGUGCUCCUACUUCACGAUGGACGUGGAUGAGAAAAAAAUGAUAGAUAUCGCGGAGGAUAUACGGUCUUUGCAGCUCGACUCGGCAGCAGAAGACAGUAAUGGGGUUGUAAAUUCUGAAGAUGCAAAGGCAGAAGAACCUGUGGAAGUGGAUAAGAUGGAGGAAGAUUCAAAGGAAGAUGUCCAUAAUGAGGCAGUGCAGGUUGAACAUAAAGUAAAAGACAAGAAAGUCUCUGCCGCGGACGAUAGAGCAGCAGCAGAGGAGAAGGAAUUAUCUAAGAAGAGACAUUUGAAUGUUGUUUUCAUUGGCCAUGUUGAUGCUGGUAAGUCCACUAUUGGAGGCCAGAUACUUUUCCUCAGUGGUCAGGUGGAUGAUCGCACAAUCCAAAAAUAUGAAAGAGAAGCAAAGGAGAAAAGUAGAGAAAGUUGGUAUAUGGCAUAUAUUAUGGACACUAAUGAAGAGGAGAGAACCAAGGGUAUUACUGUUGAAGUUGGAAGAGCUCAUUUUGAAACAGAGACGACAAGAUUUACAAUUUUAGAUGCACCGGGUCACAAAAGCUAUGUCCCAAAUAUGAUCAGCGGUGCAUCUCAAGCUGACGUAGGUGUAUUGGUAAUUUCUGCUCGGAAAGGGGAAUUUGAAACUGGAUAUGAGAGAGGUGGACAGACCCGUGAACAUGUUCAGCUCGCAAAAACCCUGGGUGUGUCUAAGCUGCUUGUUGUUGUAAAUAAAAUGGAUGACCCAACUGUCAAUUGGUCAAAGGAAAGGUAUGAUGAAAUUGAGUCAAAGAUGGUACCAUUUUUGAAGUCAUCAGGAUACAAUGUCAAGAAAGAUGUCCAGUUCCUGCCAAUUUCUGGCCUGCUUGGUGCAAAUUUGAAAACAAGAAUGAAUAAAAGCAUUUGUCCAUGGUGGGAUGGUCCCUGCUUCUUUGAAGCCCUUGAUGCCACUGAAAUUCCUCAACGAGAUCCCAAAGGUCCAUUUAGGAUGCCUAUUAUAGACAAGUUCAAGGAGAUGGGAACUGUUGUUAUGGGAAAAGUAGAAUCUGGUAGUGUGCGUGAGGGAGAUUCAUUGCUGGUCAUGCCAAAUAAGGCUCAAGUUAAGGUUCUUGAAGUAUACUGUGAUGAAGAUAAGGUUAGACAAGCAGGCCCAGGUGAAAAUCUACGGGUUAAACUGUCUGGGAUUGAAGAAGACGGCAUAUUGUCAGGCUUCGUUUUGUCAAGCAUUGUUAAACCAAUAUCUGCUGUUACCGAGUUUGUUGCCCAGUUGCAGAUCCUUGAGUUGCUAGACAAUGCAAUUUUUACAGCUGGCUAUAAGGCUGUCUUGCACAUUCAUUCUGUUGUCGAAGAAUGCGAGAUUGUUGAGUUGUUGCAGCAAAUUGAUCCAAAGACGAAGAAACCUAUGAAAAAGAAAGUUCUCUUUGUGAAAAAUGGUGCUGUCGUCGUAUGCCGCAUUCAGGUGAAUAAUUUAAUAUGCAUCGAGAAGUUCUCAGAUUUUCCUCAACUUGGAAGGUUCACUCUUCGUACUGAAGGAAAAACAGUUGCAGUGGGAAAGGUCAUGGAGCUUCCUUCGAUAAGUUCUUAAACAAUUUUUGGCAUAAAGCUUCGAUGGAAAUAUUACCCUUAAAGAAUGAACUUCGUUUCUUCUCACAGAUAUUUGUUUGCAAAACAAUCCCAAGUGGGCUUAGUAGACUAUCCUGUAUCCAUUUGAUGAUUCACUGGAUUGGUUUAUGAACCGAAAGCUUCACAUGGUUGUUUUGAUUAUUUGGUAUAGUGGAUGAGGUCCCAUAAGGAAAGAAAUGUAUUUUCUUCUGUGUUUCCAGGUUAUCUGAUAACAUUGAUUAAAUGAUUAUUAGAAAUAUUACUCUUAAAGAAUGAACUUCGUUUCUUCUCACAGAAAUUUGUUUGCAAAACAGUCCCAAAUGGGCUUACUAGACUAUCCUGUAUCCAUUUGAUGUUCACUGGAUUGGUUUAUGAACCGAAAGCUUCACGUGGUUCUUUUGAUUAUUUGGUAUGGUGGAUGAGGUCCCCAUAAGGAAAGAAAUGUAUUUUUCUUCUCUGUUUCCCGGUUAUCUGAUAACAUUGAUUAAAUGAUUAUUACUUGACAGGCAAAUCGAGACAGGGGGACAUAAAUGAUGCAUUACAUGGCAGCAUGAUGGGUUCCUAAUUAGUACAGCAUCAAAUGCA